AAAACUAAGGGGUAAAACGGUAAAUCAGAGAAAACAACUACUUGUCCUAUAAGCAUAGCCGGCAGUUGAACCACAGAACUUCAACUCAGAUUGCUAGUUGGCCGGCCCAAAAUAUGGACCUGCCGGAGAUGGAAUCCAUGGCGUCGGCGAUCGGAGUUUCCGUCGCCGUCCUCCGCUUCCUUCUCUGUUUCGUCGCCACCAUCCCCGUCGGCUUCCUCCACCGUUUCGUCCCCGGCGGACCCGCCGCCCGCCACCUCUACGCCGCCGCCACCGGCGCGAUUCUCUCCUACCUCUCGUUCGGGUUCUCGUCGAAUUUGCAUUUUCUGGUGCCGAUGCUCCUGGGCUACGCGUCGAUGGUGCUUUGUCGGAAGCACUGUGGGAUUAUUACCUUCUUUCUCGCAUUUGGAUACCUCAUCGGAUGCCAUGUAUACUACAUGAGUGGGGAUGCAUGGAAGGAAGGAGGUAUAGACGCUACAGGAGCUCUAAUGGUGAUAACCCUAAAAAUCAUAUCGUGUGUCAUUAACUACAACGACGGAUUGCUCAAAGAGGAAGAAAAUCUACGCGAAGCACAAAAGAAAAACCGCCUGCUCAAUCUUCCGUCUCUACUCGAGUACGUCGGCUACUGCUUAUGCUGCGGAAGCCACUUUGCGGGACCCGUUUAUGAGAUGAAAGAUUACCUUCAAUGGACCGAGAGAAAAGGGAUCUGGCAACGUUCAGACAAGGGAUUGUCCCCAUCUCCGUAUUGGCCGACUUUUCGGGCUCUUAUACAAGCUGGUUUCUGUAUGGGUUUGUAUCUAUAUCUCGUCCCGUAUUUCCCACUUUCUCGAUUUACAGAUCCGGUAUAUCAAGAAUACGGGUUUUGGAAACGGUUGGGGUAUCAGUAUAUGUCGGGAUUUACAGCUCGUUGGAAGUAUUAUUUUAUAUGGUCGAUUUCGGAAGCUUCGGUUAUUAUUUCUGGCUUGGGGUUUAGUGGUUGGACGGGUGCUAGUCCACCGAAAGCCAGGUGGGACCGCGCGAAAAAUGUCGAUGUUUUGGGUGUUGAGUUGGCUAAGAGCUCUGUGCAGUUGCCGCUCGUGUGGAAUAUCCAAGUCAGCACCUGGCUUAGACACUAUGUAUAUGAGAGGCUGGUUCAGAAUGGUAAGAAACCGGGCUUUUUCCAGUUGCUGGCUACUCAAACAGUUAGUGCAGUUUGGCACGGAUUAUAUCCUGGCUACAUCAUAUUCUUCGUUCAAUCUGCUACGAUGAUUGCUGGUUCAAGAGUUCUUUACAGAUGGCAGCAAGCCAGCCAGACAGCUGUACUCAAGAACCUGCUCGUGUUUUCGAACUUCGCUUACACCCUUCUCAUUCUCAACUACUCAUGCAUCGGUUUCAUGGUGUUAAGUAUGCGCGAAACAGUAGCCGCGUACGGGAGUGUAUACUACAUUGGGACGAUUAUCCCGAUUGUAUUAAUCCUACUAGGCAAAAUCAUUAAGCCAGCAAGGCAGCCUAGAUCAAAAGCUCGAAAAGACGAGUGAGCUUUGAAAUUUAUGUUUCGAAUUUCAGAUUUUUUUUUCUUUUUUUUUUUUUUUAAUUUAAGAGCUUUGCGACGAGAUUAGUGAAAAUGUAGGAUUCCGAUUAAUUCGUCUGCAUCUUUUGAUUUAUUUGCCAUUUUUUUUUUGUAACAUCUACAAUAUGGUAACAAAGGUGUCCAGCUUCUUAAAGAUUGUCACAAUUAAAAAUCA